GGUGUUACCUACGCUCGUGGAGGAGUCGCGUGGGGCUGUCGGCUCCCUGUUCUGUGCUUGCGAUUGCGUGGAAGCGGUCCGUGAGGAAAGAUAUCUCCUCCACAGGAGGCUCAAACAUGGCAGACCUGGAAGAAAGCUUCCCCCGAGGGGGUACCGGGAAAACCCACAAAUCGGAGAAGUCUUCCCAGCAGGUGGUUGAACAAGACAACUUAUUUGAUAUUUCCACAGAAGAAGGUCCCAUUAAAAGGAAAAAGAGCCAGAAAGGGCCAGCAAAAAUAAAAAAAUUGAAAAUUGAAAAGAGAAAAUCCAGCAAAUCUAUGAGAGAGAAGUUUGAAAUUCUUAGUCUUGAGUCCCUGUGUGAAGGGAUGCGGAUUUUGGGUUGUGUGAAGGAGGUGAAUGAGCUGGAGCUGGUGGUCAGUCUUCCCAAUGGCCUCCAAGGAUUUGUGCAAGUGACUGAAAUCUGUGACGCCUACACCCAGAAGCUGAACGAGCAGGUGGCACAAGAAGAGCCUCUGGAGGAUCUACUCCGCUUGCCUGAGCUCUUCUCACCUGGAAUGUUGGUGAGGUGUGUGGUGAGCAGCUUGGAUGUCACAGAGAGUGGCAAGAAGAGCGUCAAGCUUUCUGUGAACCCCAAACGUGUCAACAAAGUGCUGAGUGCUGAGGCCUUGAGGCCUGGCAUGCUGCUAACAGGUACAGUGUCAAGUCUGGAAGACCAUGGCUACCUAGUGGACAUUGGUGUUGGUGGGACCAGAGCUUUUCUGUCACUUCAGAAGGCACAAGAAUACAUUCGACAGAAGAACAAAGGUGCUAAGUUCAAAGUCGGCCAGUACCUGACCUGUCUGAUUGAAGAGGUGAAAAGCAACGGAGCAGUUGUGCGUCUCUCUAUAGAGCACUCAGACGUCUCUUCUGCCUUUGCAACUGAGGAGCAAAGCUGGAACCUGAAUACCUUACUGCCAGGGCUGGUGGUCAGAGCUCAGGUGCAGAAGGUAACUCAGUUUGGACUCCAGCUAAAUUUCCUGACGUUCUUCACGGGCCUGGUUGACUUCAUGCAUCUGGAACCCAAGAAGAUGGGAUCUUAUUCUCCAAAGCAAACAGUAAAAGCCUGCAUCCUCUGCGUUCAUCCUCGCACCAGAGUUGUGCGGCUGAGCCUGCGUCCCAUCUUCCUGCAUCCUGGCCGUCCACUCACCCGAAUCUCUUACCAGCAGCUAGGGGCUGUGCUGGAUAAUGUUCCUGUUCAGGGUUUUUUCAAGAAGGCUGGGGCCAUCUUCAGGCUGAAGGAUGGGGUACUGGCCUAUGCCCGGCUCAGCCACCUCUCCAAUUCUAAGAAAGCAUUCAAUGCUGAGGCCUUCAAGCCAGGGAGCACUCACAAGUGUAGAAUCAUUGACUACAGCCAAAUGGAUGAGCUGGCCUUGCUUUCUCUGCGGAAAUCAAUUAUUACAGCUCCAUUUCUUAGAUAUCAUGACAUCAAAAUAGGGACAGUAGUAAAGGGCACAGUGCUGGCCAUAAAGCCAUUUGGGAUACUGGUGAAGGUGGGUGAACAAAUAAAAGGCCUGGUACCCUCCAUGCACCUGGCUGACAUCAUGAUGAAGAACCCAGAGAAGAAGUACAGCACAGGGGAUGAGGUCAUGUGCAGGGUUUUGCUCUGUGAACCUGAAGCCAAGAAGCUAAUAAUGACCCUGAAGAAAACCCUUAUCACAUCCAAACUACCUGCCAUUACCUGCUAUGAGGAUGCCAAGCCUGGCCUACAGACGCAUGGUGUUAUCAUAAGGGUCAAGGACUAUGGCUGCAUUGUAAAGUUCUACAAUGGUGUACAGGGUCUAGUGCCCAAGCAUGAGCUCAGUGCCCAGCAUAUCCCUGACCCAGAGAAGGUUUUUUACACUGGCCAGGUGGUAAAGGUGGCAGUGCUGAGCUGUGAGCCUUCCAAAGAGAGGAUGCUCCUGUCCUUCAAACUGUUGAGUGAUUCAGAGCCAAAGGAUGAGCGUGUUGAGGAGAGUCAGAAGAAAGGAAGAGCCGUGAACAUUGGGCAGUUGGUGGAUGUGAAGGUUCUGGAGAAGACCAAAAAUGGGCUGGAGGUGGCCAUCCUGCCCCACAACACCCCUGCUUUCCUCCCCACGCCUCAUUUGUCUGACCAUGUUGCCAAUGGCCCACUGUUGCAUCACUGGCUCCACACAGGUGACACCCUCCACCGAGUUCUGUGUCUGAGCCAGAGUGAGAGACACAUUGUUCUUUGCAGGAAGCCAGCUUUGGUUUCCACAGUAGAAGGUGGCCAGGACCCCAAGAGCCUCUCAGAAAUACAGCCUGGAAUGCUGCUCAUUGGUUUUGUGAAGAGCAUCAAGGACUAUGGCGUGUUUGUCCAGUUCCCCUCAGGUCUUAGUGGACUGUCCCCCAAAACUAUCAUGAGUGACAAGUUCGUAACCACUCCAAGUGAACACUUUGUGGAGGGUCAGACAGUCGUUGCUAAGGUGACCAAUGUGGAUGAGUCAAAGCAAAGGAUGUUGCUGUCUCUGCGGCUGUCAGACUGCAGUCUGGGGGACUCGGCCAGCACCAGCUUCCUCCUUCUGUGCCAGUGCCUGGAAGAGCUGCAGGGCAUUCGCAGCCUCAUGAGAAACCAAGACUCUGUAUUGAUCCAGACACUGGCUGACAUGACCCCAGGGAUGGUCCUUGAUGCCAUGGUACAAGAGGUGUUGGAAGAUGGUUCAGUGGUGUUCAGCGGGCUCCCUGUGCCUGACCUGAUCCUGAGAGCCAGCAGAUACCACCGGGCAGGGCAGGAGGUGGAGCCUGGGCAGAAGAAGAAGGUCGUGGUUCUACAUGUGGACAUGUUGAAGUUGGAGGUCCAUGUGUCCCUUCACCAGGACUUGGUGAACAGGAAAGCUAGAAAGCUGAGAAAAAGCAGCAGACACCAGGGAAUUGUGCAGCAUCUGGAGGAGUCCUUUGCCGUGGCCUCCUUGGUGGAGACUGGCCACCUUGUGGCUUUCUCUCUAAUAUCUCACCUCAACGAUACCUUCCACUUUGACUCCGAGAAGCUACAUGUGGGACAGGGUGUCUGCCUCACCCUCAAGACCACAGAACCAGGAGUGACCGGUCUAAUUUUGGCUGUGGAAGGGCCAGCUUCUAAGAGGACCAGGAUGCCAGCUCAGAGGGAUUCAGAGACAGUUGAUGAGAAAGAGGGGGAGGAGGAGGAGAAGGAAGAGGAGGACUUGACUCUGAGAUCUAAGAAGAGGCAUAGCCUGGCUAUUGGGGACAAAGUCAGCGGGACCAUUAAGUCUGUGAAGGCCACACAUGCUGUUGUGGCUCUAGAUGAUGGCUUUGUUGGCUGUAUCCAUGCCUCCCGGGUCCUAGAUGAUGUCCCAGUGGGCACCUCUCCUAUGAGCACACUGAAAGCUGGCAAGAAAGUCACUGCGAGAGUGAUCGGUGGGCGAGAUGUGAAGACAUCUAAGUUUCUCCCAAUAAGUCACCCCAGAUUUGUUCUGACCAUCCUGGAGCUGAGUGUUCGACCAAGUGACUUGAAGGGUGGCUACAGUGCUCUUAACACUCACUCUGUGAGCCCCAUGGAGAAGAUUAGACAGUACCAGGCUGGGCAGACUGUGACUUGCUUCUUCAAGAAGUACAAUGUGAUGAAGAAGUGGCUUGAAGUGGACAUUGGACCAGACAUCCGAGGGAGAAUCCCCUUGUUGCUCACUUCCCUCAGCUUCAAGGUUCUGAAACACCCAGACAAGAAGUUCCAGAUUGGGCAGGCCAUCAGGGCCACCGUCGUUGGCCCAGACGUCCCCAGGGCUUUCUUAUGUCUGUCACUCAUAGGUCCUUACAGACUUGAAGAAGGGGAAGUAGCCAUGGGCCGAGUGUUAAAGGUGGUACCCAACCAGGGACUGACCGUCUCUUUCCCUUUUGGGAAGAUGGGGAAAGUCAGUAUAUUUCAUGUGAGUGACUCGUACUCUGAGGCACCCCUGGAAGACUUCUGCCUCCAGAAGAUUGUCAGAUGUUAUGUCCUGUCCACGGCACACCGUGUGCUGGCUCUGUCACUGCGAUCAUCCAGGACAAACAGAGAGACAAAAAGUAAAAUAGAAGAUCCAGAAGUCAACUCCAUUGAGGAUGUCAAGGAGGGGCAGCUCCUGCGGGGCUAUGUGAAAUCUGUUCUGUCGAGUGGUGUGAUCAUAGGCCUUGGACCUUCAGUUCUGGGUUUGGCCAAGAAUUCACAUGUCUCUGAGUGUAUCCCACCUGAGAAAGAGCUUUAUAGCAGAGGCCUCCCUGAGGGAAAGCUGGUCACUGCCAAGGUCCUGUGCGUGGACCCCACGAAGAACCUGAUUGAGCUGUCGCUCCUUCCCAGCGACACUGGGAAGCCGGAUCUGUUCUCUGCUUCCCCAGAGCCACCUCUUCCAAAACAAGAGGAGAGGAAAGGAGAAGAGAAGAAGAUCCGGAAAAGGAAAGAGAAGAACCGGAAGAGGCAAGAGGUGUCCGGGUUGUCCAGCCAGGAAAAGAAAGAACCCCAGAAGUCACAGAGGGGUGGGCAGGGCAAGCGGGAGCGCCAGGAGUCUGAGAGCGAGCAGGAACUAGUGAACAAGAGGCCAAAGAAGUCUGGGGCACCAGAAGAAGACGACAGUGGUGUGGAAGUGUACUACCGGGAAGGAGAGGAUGAGGUGGAGGAGCCAAAGCUGCCUCCCAGGGGCAAGCCGACAAAGCCCACAGAGGUGCCCCGGCUGCACCUCUCUUCAGGCUUCAUCUGGGACGUGGGGCUCGACUCUCUGACUCCAGUCUUACCACUCCGAGACGAGAGCUCAGACAGUGAGGAGGAUGAGCAGCCACACCCAGCCAAGAAGAAGAAGGGCAAGAAGGAAAGAGAGCUGGAGAAGCAGAAGGCAGAGAAGGAGCUGUCACGCAUUGAGGAAGCACUUAUGGACCCCGGGCGGCAGCCGCAGUCUGCAGAUGACUUUGACCGGCUGGUGCUAAGCUCCCCCAACAGCUCCAUCCUUUGGCUGCAGUACAUGGCGUUCCAUCUACAGGCCACCGAGAUUGAGAAGGCCCGGGCUGUAGCUGAGAGGGCCCUGAAGACCAUCUCCUUCAGGGAGGAGCAGGAAAAGCUGAACGUGUGGGUGGCACUGCUGAACCUGGAAAACAUGUACGGCUCUCAGGAGUCCCUGACUAAGGUCUUCGAGCGAGCUGUGCAGUACAAUGAGCCUCUCAAGGUUUUCCUGCAUCUGGCUGACAUCUACACCAAGUCCGACAAGUUCACGGAAGCUGGUGAGCUGUACAACCGGAUGCUGAAGCGGUUCCGACAGGAGAAGGCUGUCUGGAUCAAAUAUGGUGCCUUUGUUUUGGGGAGGAGUCAGGCUGGGGCCAGCCACCGUGUGCUGCAGCGAGCCCUGGAGUGCCUGCCCACCAAGGAGCAUGUGGAUGUGAUUGUCAAGUUUGCCCAGCUAGAGUUCCAGCUCGGGGAUGUGGAGCGGGCUAAGGCCAUGUUUGAAAACACGCUGAGCACCUACCCAAAACGCACAGACGUCUGGUCGGUCUACAUCGACAUGACCAUCAAGCAUGGAAGCCAGAAAGAAGUCAGGGACAUCUUUGAGCGGGUCAUUCAUCUGAGCCUGGCCCCUAAGAGGAUGAAGUUCUUUUUCAAGCGCUACCUGGACUAUGAGAAGCAGCACGGCACAGAGAAGGACGUCCAGGCCGUCAAGGCGAAGGCCUUGGAGUACGUGGAGGCCAAGAGCUCUGCGCUGGAGGACUAGCAGCACAGGCUCUCCUGCACCCUGGGGACAGCAGGCACCUGGACGGUGGGAGCCCUGGCCUGGGGACUGUUUUAAUUGCUGCUUUUUCUGCAGCGCGCCUGUAGGCUGUGAUGCUUGUGGAAGGCAGGCUUGGCUCGCUGAGGCCAAGUUCCUCAUCUUGUCAGAAUAAAGAAUUUUGAGAGUGUUUUUUUUUUUUAAACUCUCAAAAUCUUUUUAAAAAUCUUUUGAGACAGGGUUUUUACUAUGGUCCUAGCUGGCUUGGAACCUGCUAUGUAGACCCAGCCAGCCUUGAACCCAGAAACCCACGACUUCUGCCUCCUAAGUGCUGGGAUUAAAGGCAUGUACUAUCAAUUCUUGCUUUUAA